UUUCCCUGCAUUCAGUGCGACGUUUCAGUUAAAAAAAAGAUAAGAUGGCGACUGUACAUCUGCGGAUCGGGGACCUGGUUUGGGGGAAACUCGGGCGCUACCCGCCGUGGCCAGGAAAGAUUGUCAGUCCGCCUAAGGAUCUGAAGAAGCCAAGAGGCAAAAAAUGCUUCUUUGUAAAGUUUUUCGGCACUGAAGAUCAUGCCUGGAUAAAGGUUGAACAGCUGAAGCCGUAUCACCCCCACAAGGACGAGAUGAUCAAGAUCAACAAGGGCAAGCGCUUCCAGCAGGCUGUCGAUGCUGUCGAGGAGUACCUGAAGAAGGCCAAGGGAAAAGAGCAGGCGCAUGGUUCGGACGACAAGAACAAAUCAGAGAAGGGGCGUAAAGCCGCCGCGAAGCCGAUGAAGAUCAUCGAAGAAGACGACGAGGACGCGUUCAAGGGCGGCUCCUCCGACAAGGAGCAAACUGACUCUGAUCCAGAACCGUCCUCUGUGCAGCGGCUGGUGGCUGGAACAGUUGCAGGAUUCAAAUGGGAGAGCAGUCCGGUAAAGGAUGACCCGCAUUUCCAUCACUUUCUGCUCAGCCAGUCUGAGAAGCCAGCCUCUUCGAUGGCGCCUAUAAGCAAACGGUUGAAGAUUAUCGAAGAGGACACUGGCUCUACAUCCAUUCAGGCUGCAGACAGCACGGCUCUCAACGGCAGCAUCACACCUACGGACAAAAGGAUAGGCUUCCUCGGACUUGGACUGAUGGGCAGUGGGAUUGUCUCGAACCUGCUAAAGAUGGGCCACGUUGUGACCGUGUGGAAUCGCACAGCAGAAAAAUGCGACUUGUUCAUCCAGGAAGGCGCCAGGUUAGGACGAACGCCAGCCGAGGUCGUGUCCAUGUGUGACAUCACUUUCUCCUGUGUCUCAGACCCGAAAGCUGCCAGAGAUCUGGUUCUCGGCCCCAGCGGCGUGCUGCAGGGAAUUAGACCUGGAAAGUGUUACGUGGAGAUGUCAACUGUGGAUCCUGAGACCAUUACAGAGCUCUCACAGGUGAUCACGUCCAGAGGAGGCCGGUUCCUGGAAGCUCCGGUUUCAGGCAGCCAGCAGCUUUCCAACGACGGCAUGUUGGUCAUCGUCGCAGCGGGAGAUCGAAGUGUUUACGAAGACUGCAGCAGCUGCUUCCAGGCAAUGGGCAAAACAUCGUUCUUUUUAGGAGAGGCGGGCAACGCGGCAAGGAUGAUGCUGAUCCUCAACAUGGUGCAGGGCAGUUUCAUGGCUACCAUCGCAGAGGGGCUGACCCUCGCUCAGGCCACUGGCCAAUCACAGCAGACCUUCCUGGACAUUUUAUGUCAGGGGCAGAUGGCCAGCACGUUUGUGGACCAGAAAUGCCAAAAUAUUUUACAGGGCAACUUCAAACCAGAUUAUUACCUAAAACACAUUCAAAAAGAUUUAAGAUUAGCAAUUUCCAUGGGAGACUCUGUUAAUCACCCCACACCGAUGGCGGCGGCCGCAAACGAGGUGUAUAAGAGAGCGAAGGCGCUGGACCAGUCGGACAACGACAUGUCUGCAGUCUACAGAGCUUAUAUUCACUAAUCCCUGAAGAUGUGCUUGAAUUUCUGGACCACAAUUCCCCCUCUCCCUCCCUUUUCCUCCUUUCAGUGUGUGCGCUUUUUUUUUUUUUUUUUUUUUUGUUCCCACUCAAGGCCUCCUGUCCUGCUCUGAGCGUUGCACUGACCGAGUUGUGCUCACCUCUGCAGGAGGGGGUUUUAUGAUGCAGGAUGAAGCUUGGAGGCGUGUGUGUUUGUGCACGUUUGUGUGUGUGGAUCUGAUUUGAUCUGCAGCAGAUUUUAUUUCGGGACGCACCGAUUUGUGUUUUUUUUUUCUUCCAACACCAGCACACACGUCGCAGGACUGAGUUUCUGAAUCUGCUUUUAUUUAAGACAGUUUUAAAAAGUUUCGAGAUGACGUCCCGUCCGCUAGCUAACGAGUUUCUUUUUCUUAUCAGCCAUUUUUGUCUAUCUGCGUUUUAAACCUUGUCACGACGUGUGUGAAGAACCGGAUGUGGUUGCAAGUUUACAGGAAAACUAAUUUGUUACAGUGAGACACACUGCGUUGGUCCUAAUAUCUCUCUUUCUCUCACUCAGACCCUUAUCAUAACCCGGCGCUCCAUUUGACUAAAAGCUGUAGCUCGUAACUUCCAACUUUAGACACUUAAAUGCGAUUUUCAUGUAAAAUCAAAUCAACUUGGCCGCCCACGACGUCCCCAGAAACUAAAGCAACACUUGCACACAAGUAUUUACUGUAGAUCGAUCAUAAACACAGAUGAAUUCGCUUAUUGAUCCUGAUGGUCCGGAAAAAAAAAAAUCUACAGCACUUUAGCUUUCUAGGUUUUUGCUAACUAAAAGAAAAACAUUUUACGUUUUUAAGUUUUAAUUUUAGCAAGCCCAUUCUGUCUGUAGUUUUAUUGAUGUUCUUUUUCGUUCAACAGUUCAAGUCAUUCAAAGCUAAAAUAAGCAAGCGCAUUUUGUUUUAACGUCGAGUUUCUGAGAAGGAACUGAGAGAAUCUGAGUUUGAAACCGUUAUUUAAGGUGUGUGUGUGUAAUCAAAUCGGUGCGUCUUUCAUUUUAUUUCCCCCACAAUAUAAUGUAUAUUCCUCAACAAAAAAAUCUAAAUUAAGGGAACACUUAGACCAGGACUUAUUGUUUCCUUAAUAUAUAUAUUUUUUUGAGUAGUAUAUGAAACUUUUUUGUUUUUUUUUGACAUCCUGCUUUGUUUCCCCGUCGAAUCGUCCAGAACGGCGCAGGCUACAGGAGCAUGAAGACGACGCCACUGCAUUGCCUUAAUAUCCUUAAACCCCGCUCCUCCCCCACAUAGAUGAUGAUGAUGUAUUUAUUUAUUUUAAAUCUUUGAGAUUCUCCAGUCUAAAGUUUGGCCUGGGCCGUAAGGUUUAGAUCGCUGAUUUGACUCUGCCUUAGAAAGGAAAUGUGAUGUUUUGGAGUUUUUUUUUUUUUUUUUUUACCUCUCUCUCUCUCGAGGCUCGUAUUAAUCUUGUCUGAUAUCCAAAUCGUUUCUUUCACAGAAGAUUGUGGACUUUUUUUUUUUUUUUUUACAUUUUUUGCAGGUGUGUAAGCUAAGCUGUGGAUAGAGAUGAAGAAAACUUUGUUCGGUUUGAGGUGAUUGGGAAAGGGGGAUGAAAAAGUUUUGGGGUUGGAGAUUGCUUUUGUCUUUUAUUUUAUGUUUGAGGUGAGGACAGGUCACUAAUCGAUUUUUGUCUGAGACACACUGGUCGUACUGAUAGAGUUUAAAUGUGGCGAUCUGUUUUAAGUUUAAUCAGCAUAGAGGUUAAGCAUGUCUGUUCAUGGAGAAGUUUUGUAAUCAAUGUUUUAUUCAUAAGUUAUAAUUGUUUUGUUGGUCAUCAGUUUUAAAGUCUGAGCAAACUGACAGUCACAGACAGGAAGUGAGUGAGCGUCUGACCCUGAUAUUGGAGGUACAGUAUUGUUUAAAAAAAAAAAAAAAGAUGGGCUCAUCAUUGGAGUAAAAGAGAUGUUGGUGCUCACUGGGUUUCACAGGUUGCUCGUCACAAUACAACAGCUCGCUUUGAGUUCUCACUUCGCACAACAGAUUUAGUGCGUCUUUAACCUUAACACACGGCUUUGUUUUUGGCUUUAUUUCCUGUUUGAUUUGUUGUCUUUCUAAUGACAUUGUAUAAAACAAAAAAAAAAUUUUUUUGCUCAAACAAAGGUGAUGGCAGAUUUGGAAAAGAUAUUUAUAAUUUCUUGUAAAUGUGAAAACGUCACAUUUUAUUGUGCAGUCCACUGAAUCCUUCUCUUAAUAAACAAAGCAUUGUCCAGUUUAA